CUCACACUCACGCUGUACACGCAGCUCGCAGGCAGACACGGGACACACGCCGGUGGCGGAGCCGAGCACAGACUGGUGAAGGCAGCACAAGCAGCGGAGAGCAGCACGGCAUGAGAGGAGAGACUGAUGUUUUAAUUUCUUAUUUCCGUGCCUGAUUAUUUUUAGUUGUAUUUAUUGUUACGCUGCAUCCGAAUAUCGGACCGCCGCUUUAGGAUCCAGGUCGCUGCUGGAGAAGCAACCCUCUUGUGCGUAAAAUACGCAGGGACGGCAGAGGAGGAGAUACCCGGACAGGGGAGCCUGUGUCGGAACUUGACGCGCCCUGGAGCCGCUGUCCAGACUCAGCACAAGAACUUUGUUCCUUCAGUAUUUCUUGGAUGAGUUUUAGAUUAUUAUUCAUUCAUCCCUGUUUUCCAACAAAUGGUCCAGUAUCACACUGGGAUUCUUUUAUUUUAUAGGUUUCUAGUUUUGACUGCGUCCAGCGGUUUUCGACCGAAGCGGAUGUGUAUUUUUAUUUUGUGAGCAACUGCAGCGUUUAAAUCCAACACAGUGGAAACAUUAGACACUUAAAGCUUUUCCACGUUUAGUUUGACUAUUUUUUCCGAGAUGGAUUUUCCGUCCCCGCUGAUUGGAUUUUUAAUAACACUGUGUCAUUUGGGACAUGGAAUCGGAGGACAGGACGCUCCAGAAUGUGGAGGUGUCUUGGAUGCCAGUAAGCCCGGUUACAUCACCUCCCCCGGUUAUCCUCUGGAGUAUCCUCCUCAUCAGAACUGCCACUGGAUCAUUCAAGCCCCAGAGCCCUCGCAGCGCAUCGUCCUCAACUUCAACCCUCACUUCGAGAUCGAGAGGCUCGACUGCAAGUACGACUUCAUAGAGAUCCGCGAUGGGACCUCGGAUACAGCUGAUGUUUUGGGUCGACACUGCAGCAACAUCGCCCCGCCGCCCAUCAUCUCAUCUGGGUCCUCGAUCCAGAUCAGAUUCGUCUCAGACUACGCCCAUCAGGGCGCGGGAUUCUCUCUGCGCUACGAGAUCUUCAAAACAGGGUCGGAAUUCUGCUUCCGCAACUUCACCAGCCCAUCCGGCAUGAUCGAGUCCCCGGGGUUCCCGGACAAAUACCCGCACAAUCUGGAGUGUUCCUACAUGAUCAUGGCACCGCCCCACAUGGACAUCACCCUAACAUUCCUCACGUUCGACCUGGAGAACGACCCUCUGAUGGUGGGCGAGGGUGACUGCAAAUACGACUGGCUGGAGGUGUGGGACGGCCUUCCGCAAGCGUCUCCUCUGAUUGGCCGGUACUGUGGGACAAAGAUCCCACCAGAGAUCCAGUCAUCCUCCGGCCUGCUGUCCCUCUCCUUCCACACAGACAUGGCCGUGGCCAAAGACGGCUUCUCUGCACGCUACAACAUCACUCACAAAGAAGUCACCGGCUCAUUCCACUGUAGCAUGGCGUUAGGCAUGGAGUCGGGAAAGAUCAGCGACGACCAAAUCACGGCUUCAACUACCUUCUACGACAACCGCUGGUUGCCACGGCAGGCCCGCCUCAACAACGAUGACAACGCCUGGACGCCUUCAGAGGACAGCAACAAGGAGUUUAUACAGGUUGACCUCCACUUCCUCAAGGUUUUGACUGGGAUAGCCACACAGGGGGCCAUAUCGAAAGAGACUCAGAAGUCAUACUACGUCACAACCUUCAAACUGGAGGUCAGCACCAAUGGGGAGGACUGGAUGGUGUACCGGCACGGCAAAAACCACAAGAUCUUUCAUGCCAACACAGACCCAGCUGAGGUGGUCCUGAACCGCGUCCGGCAGCCAGUUUUGGCCCGCUUCGUUCGGAUCCGGCCUCAGACCUGGAAGAAUGGAAUCGCACUCAGAUUUGAGCUCUAUGGAUGCCAGAUCACAGACACUCCGUGCUCGGACCUGCAGGGCUUGAUGUCCGGCCUGCUCCCUGAUGCCCAGAUCUCGGUAUCAUCCAGCAGGGACGUGAUGUGGAAUCCCAGCACGGCCCGGCUUGUGGCAAGUCACUCGGGCUGGUUCCCUGCACCUACGCAGCCGCUGGCUGGAGAGGAGUGGCUCCAGGUGGACCUUGGUGUUCCCAAGACAGUCCGUGGAGUUAUUACCCAGGGAGCGCGUGGAGGAGACCCAAGCACUGGACCUGCCACAGACAACCGGGCCUAUGUCAGGAAGUACAAAGUUGCACACAGCCUGAAUGCAAAAGACUGGAACUUCAUCAUGGACGCCAUGACCAGCCAACCUAAGAUAUUUGAGGGGAACACACAAUACGACACCCCAGAACUUCGCCAUUUUGAGGAGACGGUAGCGCAGUACAUUAGGCUGUAUCCAGAGAGGUGGUCCCCAGGAGGGAUUGGAAUGAGAGUGGAGAUCCUGGGGUGCAACCUUCCAGAAAUCAGCACUCCUGCCGACACUGUCACACCGACUCUGCCUCCUAGCCCAGAAACCACCACAGUCCCCAUCACAACUACAGCCACCGCUCCCUCAUCUAUUGGGGUGUGUGACUUUGACCACGGCCUGUGCGGAUGGACACACGACCCCAGCGCCCCGCUGCUCUGGUCAUUGCACAGACAUGCACUCAACAGUUACCUUUACCUGGAUGUGAGCCUGAAGACGGAGCAGCAGCGCGCUCGACUCGUGAGCCCGGUGGUGCCCGCUGACGCCGGUCCCCUCUGCCUCCUCUUCUCAUACCAGAUGUGGGGGGAAGCCAAGGGCCACCUGAGGGUGUUUCUGCGGGACAGCCUCAACGAUGAAAGCCUCCUGUGGUCACUCCAUGACAAUCACACCACUGUGUGGAGAGAAGGCCGGACCAUCGUGCCACGCUCCCCAAAAGAAUUUCAGGUUGUGAUAGAGGGUUUCUUUGAGCACAGUACCAGAGGACACAUCUGGAUAGACAACAUCCACAUGAGUGGGAGCUCACCUCUGAAAGAGUGCACAGAACCCUUAUCAGCGUUUUCUCCUGAAAAUCCAGGUAACAGACACAUUGGAGAUGGGCGUCUUUCCAUGGGCAGAGACCCGCUUGGCAGUGGUUUGCAAUUCCCAGAGAGGAACACAGCAUCCCCAUCAUCUGAUCCUCCAGUGACACACACCUCAGAAAAAGACAACUCGUGGUUAUACACCUUGGACCCCAUUCUGGUCACAAUCAUCGUUAUGAGCUCCCUGGGCGUCUUGCUCGGGGCAGUGUGCGCCGGCCUCCUCCUGUACUGCACGUGCUCCUACAGCGGACUCUCGUCUCGAUCCUCCACCACUCUGGAGAACUACAACUUCGAACUGUACGAUGGCCUCAAGCACAAAGUCAAACUCAACCAACAGCGCUGCUGCACCGAGGCAUGAGAGAAGCAAAGAGGAAAAGAUGCUGGCAUUUUGUGAAAAUCUCUCUCUAUUUUCUUCAUCUACGCCAACUUUAGUGCUCCUCAGUGGUGCAGGUCUUAAUAAGAACCUGUAUGGAAAACACAGCACCGUCCAGUAUUGGCAGUUGUUUCUGCAAAUGCAUCAACGACUGAGAGACCAGGGUUACCUCCAUGGACUGCUUCAUUGCAGGGAUGAUAGGCCUCAAAAACUACAUAUCAACACAUAUCAAUUACUGAAUCCUGGGUCACCUAAAGAGAACUGCUUAUAAAUGUAUCGUAGAUAUGUUUAGUUUUGCAAACAAAUACUGUAAACUACACGGACAGAGCUGGAAGCAUUGUGUUGGAAAGGUGGUAUAAUAGAAAAAUGCUUAGAAAAGAGUAUUUUUGAUCACCUGUGAACACAGUGGCCUAGAACUUAGCUCUAUUGUAAGGCCCCUUGACUCUUUUGUUCCAUUGUCCAAUUUCUGCUACCUAUCAGCCUUAGUUGGCCCUUUACUUCCUGGCUCACUGUAAUAUUUUAGUUGAGUUUCUGCUCAAUCACUUUCUUUCUCUUUAAUGUUUUCUUUUGGGGCAGUUGCCAGUCCUGUGGUUUAAGAUAAGUUGGGAAAAAAGAGGUGAAGAAAGUAUAUAUAGAUAUAUAUGUAUGUGUGUGUGUGCGUGCGUGCGUGCGUAUGUAUGGGUGUGUAGAGCUAAGGAGGGACACAUUACUUUACUGCUGCAGAGGUGUUAUUGUUAGAUUUAGUUGAUACAGGUUCCUGUCAAAGAGAAGGUCUUGUUUACGUUGGCAGCAUAUCGCAAAAGGUCGAGGAGAUUUGGACGGUGCAACCUAUGGAUUGCUGAUUGGGACAGAGACCGAAAACCCUGAAGGCAGAGAAUCAAAAGAAAGAACUGGCGAGACUGUGACUGACAGAGCACUCGAAUUCCCCGUGCUUCUCCCUCCCAUGAGCUAUUGCUUGCUCUGUGCUUUCAGAAAACAAAAAGAACAAAUGGGAUCAGAAACAAACCAGAGACGUAUCCGAUCAAUAGAGUGACUGUGUGCCCAGAUACACAACAAGCCUUAAAAGCAAAGCAAUGUGUGUGGAAAUGCUGGGGAGGGGGGAGGCAACAUCGAGGCAACAUCAAGACAUUUUUACACGUGGACCUCAAAAGCCAUGAUUUAAAAGGACCUAUCCCAUCUUUCCUCCAACACACAAAUGCAUCCACCUCAACUUAUGGUGGCCUACUUUAGGAAUAUUUUUCUUUUUGUCGUCUCACACCAAGGCAGGCUUUUUUUUAUCAUUGUUUUGCGUUUUGUCGUUGUUUUAUGACACGGUUUCGAACCAGUCAGAUUAAGCCAUGAGUAGGAGAGAGAGUGAAUGGAAAGAUCUCAGAGUUCAUUGCAAUGCCUAUGAAUACCCAAACAUUUCAACUGUACAAUUGAAUCCAGAUAUUUACAUACAUUGUAUAAAAAGAUACAUUACCUUUUUCUCCACUGUCUGACAAUAAAUCACACUAAACGUUUACUGUCUUGGGAUCAGUUAGAAUUACUGAAGAUUAUUUCUAUUCGCUAAAUGCCAAAUUACUUUGUUGUCCUUAAAUCACUGGGCAACUAGUUUGGGCAGCAUGUUUAGGUCCAAGGCCAAUUCGUGUUGUUACUGCAAUAUUUACACAUAAUUUUCUUUCCUCCUGAUGAUGAUCUAUUUUGUGAAGUGCACCAGUCCUUCCUGCAGCAAAACACCCAUAUAACAUGAUGCUUCCACCCCCAUACUUGAGAGUUGGGAUGGUUUUCUCAGGUUUUCAAGCUUGCCCAUUUUAAUUCCCUUCUACUUUAGGUCCAUCAGACCAAAGGGAAUGUCUGCAACAAUGAACGUUUUGUCCCUGUGUGCAUUUGUAAUCUGUAAUCUGGCUUUUUCAUGCUGCUUUUAGGUCAAAGGAUUCUUCCUUGCUGAGGGAACUUUUAGCCACGGACUGUACCCAAUGAUAAACCAGGCUUGAGGAGGUCGACAAUUCUCUUCCUGAUAUCUUGACUCACUUCUUUUGAUUUUUUGAGGAUGUGCCAUAAGGACGAGCUAUGUUUGAAGUGUUGCCCUAAAACACAUCCAUAGCUGUGCAAAGUUAAUCUGUUAGAAGCAUCUUUGGUGCAAUCCCAAGUUGCUUCGAAGCAUAGUAAUGAGUGUUGGUGAACUUCUGAAUUUGAAAAAUGUAGUAAAUAUGUCUUUUUCAUUCUGGCCUUUAGUAAAUAGAAAUACUACAGUGAUCCUAACUGACCUAAAACAGGAAAUGUUAGUCAGACAAUAGGAAGAAAAAUGGAUGUGUUUCUUUUCACUCGGUGUAUGUAAAUAUCUGGUUUCGACUAUAUAUACCAUUGUAAAUACAGAAUACUGAGUCCACAUCAUCCCAGAAUGUCUGGACGAACACACACUUGUUUUGAACACUCACUCCAGCUUAGAAAUGAAAUUCAAUAGAUUCGCCGUAGAAGCGCACUCAUCUUGUUCACCCUCACGCCAUCUUUUGUCCUUGGAGGCCCACAUUUACGGACCCCACUGACUCUCUUGAAAGUGCCUUGGAGCCUCGGGGAUCCAGAUUGCCUUUGGAGCCGGUAUAAAAUAUACACAUUUGACAUUAAUAGUGACAGUCACAGCGCCCUUUUCUGCCUUGGAGGACUAAGAAAAAAACUUAAGAGGACAAGAUUUCCCCCACCUGUUUUUUCGCACUACUAGGACUGCUGUUGUUGUUAUUUUAAAGGGGUCUUUGUACAGAAAUGCUCUUUUUAUGAUUGUUAUUAUAAUUAUUGUUAUGAUUAUUUAAUAAAGGAUUUAUACCAUACUAUA